UAGUACUCGAGUGACUUUAAUUUUUGUUUUAUUUCACUCUGAAGUUUAUAGACUUGACUUUUGGUCGUCGUAUAAUGUUCUAUUGUCUUGCGGUGGUUUUAAUUCUAGCGUCUUGUGUGGAUUUGAGUGAAAAUGCAAACAUUCUCGUUGUUAGUGCCAGUUUGUCGAGGAGUAAUCAAGUUUGGAAUAAUGCAAUUGCAUUUGGACUUGCUGAACGUGGUCAUAAUGUCACUAUCGUCACGCCGGAUCUUCCACAUGUGAUUAAAGUCAACAAAAAUGUGUUUUAUAUUAUUUUAGAAGGAGCAAUUGCCAAGUUUAAACCUCAAAUUAAAACUAAUGUUUAUGAUUACAACAUUCCUGAUUUAAAUGAAAUGAAAAAAGUAGCAAAAAACAAUUGGGAUAAAGCAUAUCGUAUAUGUGAGUUUUAUCUUAAUACUCAAGGACUGCAAACACUCUUAGACUACCCGUCACACAUUAAAUUUGAGGUUAUAUUGUGGGAUCUAGAAAAUAGUGAAUGUAUGCUACCGUUAAUACCUAAAUUAGGCAACCCACCUGUCAUAGUAUUAAGUCCUAAUGGUUUUCAACCUACGCUGAAUUGGAUUUUUGGAACACAUUGGAAACCAUACCUGCCCAUACCAGGACUUCCUUAUGAUAAGGAUAUGAACUUUAUGAGACGAUUCCUGAAUGCUAUAACUAUCAAAUUUAUGUAUUACCAAAAAUACGAAGUGUAUUUGAAGGAAAACAUCAAUUUAGCAAAUGAAAAGUUUAAAAAUUACUUCACUAUUGAUGAUGCAAUGAAUUUUGAAUUAAAUUUUUCGUUGGCACUGAUAAAUAGUAAUUUUCACAUGGAUUAUGGCCGAGAUGUGGCACAAAAUAAAAUUGUAGUUGGUGGAUUACAUAUUAAUCCCUUACAAGAGGCAAAAACCGUCACAAAUGUAAAUGUAAAAAGAAUCUUCGUCUCAUUACAAGAUGAUAAACUUGAUAAAAAGCAACUCCAAGGAAUCGCUGAUUGUUUAGGAAGUUUAGACACUUUUAAAGUUUAUUGGCGUGUUGCUGAUGUUACGGGAAAAAUAAUAAAACCAAAAAAUAUCGUGUUUAAUGAGACGUUCAACCAAAUUCAAAUAUUAGGCAGUAAAAAUACUAAAUUAUUCAUUACGUCUGGAAACUUGCUCAGUUUACAAGAGGCAGUUUACUUUGGUGUGCCGAUACUGGCGAUACCAUCAACUUAUGCACAGACAAAUAAUGUCAAGAAGUUAUCGAUUGCAACUGGUGCGCAAGGGGCCAUCAAUGAGAAAUAUUUAUGUCGAAAAAUACGUGGUAUAUUAAAUGAUGAAGAUUAUUUGGAAAAUACAAAAACUAAUUCUGGUAGAUUUAGAGACCAACCUAUGAAACCUUUAGACAGGGCGGUGUUUUGGAUAGAAUAUGUAAUGAGACACGGAAAUGGUAAACAUUUGGAACCAUUGACGCGCAACAUGAACUAUUUCGAGUCGGAAAACAUCGAUUUGUUGUUUUUUGCAGCACUUUUCUUCAUUUGCUUACCCCUCACAGGUCUCUAUUUGUUAAUAAAGUGUAUCCAACGCAGAACGAUCAAUAACGAUGUCAAAUUUAACAUUAAAAUAAAACAGGAUUAAAAAUACAAUGUAGGAAGUA